CAUAAUCGUGAAACGUUAGCAUUAAAAAAUUACAAUGACAGUAGAAGUUAAUACAAGUUCUGAAAUGAAAAAUGAAAUUAAAUGCUAUGAAAUGCAAAUUAGUUGUGACUGCUCGUCGGCAAGAGAGAAAAUGCAAAAUCCAGUUCUAGACCUAACUAUACACAAGAAAGAGGGUGGAUGUGGAAGUUCAUUGCUCCAGUAUCGAUAUUUAGUGACUCUGCUGGAAUUCUUUGCUUUCUUCGAAAUCAAUGCAUACAGAUUUGCAACCAGUAUAAGUGUGGUUGCCAUGGUGAACAACACUGCCGUCUAUUCACACAAACUGUCUAAUGUCAGUGAUUCUUGUCCUGCUCCAGCUUUUGGUGAGGAAGGCUAUACAGAACCGCAACCUGACGGCGAAUUUGUCUGGAGUCCAGCAGAACAAGGUUGGAUACUAGGCGCCGGAUAUCUAGGUUACCUGAUUACCCAAAUCCCGGGAGGGAUACUUGGUGAAAUGUAUGGAGGAAAAAUUGUAGUCAUGAUGGGUCUUCUGUUGUCUACAUUGUGUCAUAUCAUUUCACCCUUUGCUGCUCGAGCUGGAACCUACACGAUGAUUGCGGUUCAGUUAGCAAGAGGUCUCGGACAGGGUUUGAUACCUGCUGCUCAUUGCGUAAUUGCUGCCAACUGGUUUCCGAGCACAGAGAGAGGGGUACUCAACCCUAUAUCCAUGGCUGGCUAUUCAAUGGGGGCUUUAGCUGGUGGCGUUACAUCUGGUGCACUGUGUUCCUUAUCAUUUCUUGGUGGAUGGCCUCUUUGCUAUUAUGUCGAUGGGAUUUUUGGAAUAGUGUUAUGCAUCUGCUAUCAAAUCCUCUUAUAUGAAACACCGAAAAGUCAUCCAAGAAUCAAAGAAUCAGAGCUAAAUUACAUACUGCAAAAUCAAGAAAUGGAUUUAACUGGAAAGAGACCUCCAACACCUUGGAAAAAGAUCUUCACAUCCGUCCCAUUCCAUGCGAUGACGUUCGCAACAUUUGCUACAUUCUGGGCAGGAUCUCACUUCUUGUCCGUCCAUCCGAUCUUCCUCGCAACCAUUUUGCAUUUUCCCAUCGAAGAAAACGGAAUCAUAAGUUCCGUGCCAUUUUUGUUUGACACCCUGCUCAUUUGCAUUGGGAGCUGGAUAUCUAAAUGGUUGAACAAAUGCAACUACGUAGGAGUGGACAAAGUUCGCAAGGGAUUCAACUUUUUGUAUUGUAUGGGAUAUUCUUUGUGCGUUUUAGGAGUAUAUUAUGUUGGUUGUGAUAAAACAGCGAGCACAAUAAUGGGAUUUCUUGCAAUGAGCUUUUUUGGGUUUUCCUAUAACGGUUGUUUGACAGUGCCAAAUGAUAUGUCACCUACUUACGCAGCAAACGUUUGAACAGUGGAACAAGAUUUUUAUGAUCUGUACCGGACUCGUCAUGAGUUCAGGAGUUGUCUUCUGGAUUUUUGGCUCGGCGGAAGUUCAACCGUGGAACUUCCCUGAUGAAAGUAACAUCAGUCCUAAAGACCAAGAGAAGACGAAGGAACUUGAAGAAGCGGAACCUCAACUUAUUGCAGUCAUUCACCUAUAAAAUGUGAUUUGUGAAGAUCAUAAAUCAUUGUCAAUGCACUGUUUUGUUUUCAUAUGUGUACCAUAGAUUUAUAAGAUUUGAAUGCAUAUGCUAAUUUUUAAAUCAUUAGUUCUUAGACUUCUCACUGCAACUUACUAUGUGUUUACAAAGCAUUUAAAUCUUUAUAUAGUGUAUUAAGGUGU